AUGGCCAACGCCGAGUCGAAGUUUCUCGCCUUGCCGCGCGAACUGCGCAACAUCAUCUACGACUACGCGUUCAUCGACCCAGAACCGCAGUACAUCUGUCUUGCAAACAGCCAGACAGGAUGUCGUAUGUGCACACCAUCAUCCAUCCAUUAACGCGAAGGUCGCAUCACUGCUCUCAGCCUCGCCCGUGUCUGCAUGCAGCUUCGAGAUGAGGUCCACGACAUCUUCUACGCCGGGAAUACCUUCUACGCAUACAUCUCGUACUACUCCGACAGUGCGCCCCGAGCCAAGGCGUUGGAGUGGGAGUUAUACAGCGGAGUGCAGGAGUGUUUCUGUCCCAGCCUCAUGCGCCAUAUCGAGGCGUUGACGCUGCGCCGCGGCUGGAAGUACCAGGGUCCACAUCUCCAGGUCAGCAAGAGCGGCACGGGCUGGAUCAUUAAGGAGGGAGACGGUGACGAGGUCUGGCUGGACAUCACGGAUCCUCAAGCGAGGCCGUUGGGCCAGGGUUUCCCUCGUCGCGACUUGUGCGAGAUCGUUCAGCAGGUGAGGAAGCGAGAUCAUCACUAUCGCUGA